AAGACGCAGAGCUGCUUCCCUGGGCUCUGCUCUGUUUGUGACCAAUGAAGACUUUAAAAUUUCUUGCUGCUGAGAGUUUUGUACGGGACACCGAGAAGGCGCAGCAGAGCCUUUGCUGGCUGUCUCACAACCUGUUUCCGCUUCUCUUUAAAGCGUCUUACCUACACGAGCAGUCGCAGGUUCUUCAUGAUGUCGUCCAGCACUGGCCUCUGGCAGAGCUCAGCCUCAAAGAUCUGUUGGGCCGUACAGCAGACUGCGAUGACGAUUUGACCGAUAGGACCUGUUCAGCCGCUUUGGGGGCACUUUUGGAUGGUCUCAGGGAUCAUGUCCUUUGCCAGCCUGUAACCUAUACCAAGCACCUAAAGCUGGUGGAUCUCACAGGCAUUAGAGAUGUUCAGUUCCAGCUCUGCCGCUGCAGGAGAUCCCUGGGGAAAUGGGCACGCACUGAGAAGGUCACCAGCAUCUGUUAUGAACUGCUUUUGGCGAUGGAAUCACAAGACGUCUCUCUAUCCGUGUUUGGAGUAUCCAUUGACAUCCGGAUGGAUGUGUUUGUGACCAGCCGCAACUAUGAGGCGGCAGUCCAGGCCUUGCUACUGAGAUGCCACUGUCCACUGAAGAUCCGAUGUGUAGAAUUCAGGGCUGACAGCCUGCCUCUCAAAAACCUCUUUUAUAUCAUUAAACUUGCUGAACCGGCAUCCCUGCAAAAGCUGUCAAUUGUUCACAACAUCCGAAUGGAAAUGCCCUAUCUGGAGGUGCUGCUAAGCCGCGUUUCUUUUCCUAAUUUGAGGGCCCUGACCCUUCCUGCCAGAACAUUUGAUGUGCGGAGAUACGCUCCAGAAGACAUUGAGAUGUUAGCAAAAAUUGGAGAAAUGCUGAGCCAGCUAACCUGUCUGAGGGAACUGAGCAUCCCUUUCUCUCCACUCUCGGGACAAAUAAGGAAGCUGCUAAGCCCACUCGACACGCCACUGCAAGUACUUGAGGUUGCGAAUUGCUCCCUGAGUCACACUGACAUGGUCUACCUGGCAAACAGCGUUCACGCAGAGCAUCUGGAGAGGCUGGACCUCAGCGGCCAUGAUGUAGCUGACCUCUACCCGGCAAUGUUCUUUAAACUCCUGAGUCGCGCCUCGCAUACUUUAAAGAGUCUUACUCUGGAGGAGUGCAAUAUUGGGGAGGAACAUAUCAAUCUGAUGAUUGUAGCUCUGGUGCCGUGCCGGAAGCUUACUGAAUUUAGGUUUUUAGGUAAUCCUUUCUCUUUUCGUGCCCUGAAAUGCCUCUUUAAAGCAUUUGUUGACUUUCCGCACCUGAAAUAUGUGGAGUUUCCAGUUCCAAGAGACUGCUACUCAGAUGAUGUUACUUACCCGUUGGAUGAUGCCAGUUUAGGCAGUUAUGACAAAGACCAAUAUGAAAGAAUGAGAGAGGAGCUGAUGAAGAUUUUAUAUGAAGCCAACCGGGAAGACAUAUUGGCCUCCACACCACUCUUUGGAAGCUACGACCCCGACAUUCAGGAGACGAGUAAUGAACUUGGGGUUUUUAUGCUCCAGUCAUUUAAAGACGCACUGUCAAAUUUUAUGGAGAGCCUCAAAACCUAAAAAUAUAAUUUAGUUCAGGUGG